AUGGUCCAUGGACUGCGGUCAGCUAAUAAUUACAUACAGAGUAUGUACAAAUGGAUCGAUAUGAAUAAGCAACCAAACUGCGGAGAGAUGACAGCACAGUUGAGUGAGGCAAAAGGCACCGAGUGGAAAAGGUGGGAAAGAAGGAUGAAGAAAGCAGAUAAAGGGUUAAAGAGCGGCAGGAUGCCAUCUGAUUCUGAUAGACUUGGUUUGCUUGAAUUGCAAAUCAAACAGGGUACAGCACCUCGGUCAUCAUUUCUCAAUCAAUCGCUUCACGGGUGGACACUGGGCCGACCUGCUUCUCAACUCAAACACUUAUCAGUUUGGCCACUAUGA